UGUAGUGACCGGUACUGGUACCAUGACAGAGGGCUCCGCGGAGCCUCCCCCUUGCCCCGGGGCCCGGCGCCGCCGGCUUCUCCUGUCCCUGCCCAAUGUGUUCCCAGGACGGACUCGAGCAGUACCAGAGCCAUCAGUCCCCUCACCACCUCCGUCUCCCCCCCCUCUGCCUGCAGUGCCGGCCUGUGCCCCCCAGCCCCCCUCUUCCCCAGGAGGCCAGGACUCGCUCCUCGAGUGCCCGCUAUGUCUGGUACGUCAGCCCCCCGAGGAGCUCCCUGAGUUACUUAGCUGCCGACAUCGCUCGUGCCUACGCUGCCUGCGUCAGUAUCUUCGCAUCGAGAUCACUGAGAGCCGGGUGAACCUGCGGUGUCCGGAGUGCGCGGAGCGACUGAGCCCCCAACAUGUCCGGGCGAUCCUGCGGGACCCCCAACUCACCCGCAAGUACGAGGAGUUCCUGCUGCGCCGCUGCCUGGCCGCCGACCCCGACUGCAGGUGGUGUCCUGCCCCAGACUGCGGGUAUGCAGUUAUUGCCUAUGGUUGUGCCAGCUGCCCCAGGCUAGUCUGUGAGAGAGAAGGCUGCCAAACAGAAUUUUGUUACCACUGCAAACAUGUGUGGCACCCAAAUCAAACCUGUGAUAUGGCACGCCAGCAGCGGGCACCUUUAUUUGGUGUGCGCCGAAAGCACCCCUCUGGGAUCAGCUAUGGCCAGGAAUCAGGUUCUGCCGAUGACAUGAAAUCAUGCCCAAGGUGUAGUGCUUAUAUCAUCAAGAUGAAUGAUGGGAGUUGUAAUCACAUGACCUGUGCAGUGUGCGGCUGUGAAUUCUGCUGGCUCUGUAUGAAGGAGAUCUCUGAUCUACACUACCUCAGCCCCUCAGGUUGUACAUUUUGGGGUAAAAAGCCAUGGAGCAGAAAGAAGAAAAUUAUUUGGCAAUUGGGAACGCUGAUUGGUGCUCCCGUUGGCAUAUCUCUGAUCGCUGGCAUUGCUAUUCCUGCCAUGGUCAUAGGAAUUCCAGUUUACGUGGGCAGAAAGAUUCAUGGUCGCUUUGAGAACAAAAAAACCUCUAAACACAAGAAGAAUUUGGCUGUGACAGGAGGCGUUAUCUUAUCUGUAAUAGCAUCUCCUGUGGUGGCAGCAGUCAGUGUUGGGAUUGGCGUUCCCAUCAUGCUAGCUUAUGUGUAUGGAGUGGUGCCAGUUUCAUUAUGUCGUGGUGGAGGAUGUGGUGUUAGUACAGCUAAUGGCAAAGGGGUCAAAAUAGAUUUUGAAGAAGAUGGUCCAAUCACAGUGGCAGAUGCUUGGCGAGCACUGAAAAACCCAAGUAUUGGGGAAAGCAGUAUGGAAGGCCUUACUAGUGUACUAAGCACCAGUGGAAGCCCCACAGAUGGACUUAGUGUUCUACAAGGGAACUACAGUGAAACUGCCAGCUUUGCAGCUCUCUCUGGGGGUACUCUAACUGGUGGGACAUUAACUGGUGGCAUGCUGAGUGGAGGCAGAGCCAAGUACUGCAGGCUGGAAGUACAGGCAGAUGUACAGAAAGAUACUUGCCAAAAAGAUUCAGUCAGCCUUGGAGCCGCAAGUGAUAGUGCAAGCACCAGGGCAAUGGCCGGUUCAAUCAUCAGUUCAUAUAACCCACAGGAAAGGGAGGUUAAUAACCUGGAAAUUCAAGUUCAUAUAGAAGCCAAACCUUCUCGAUACCAGCUGAUGAGUGAAAGCAGCACAGAGGAAUCUUUGAAUACUGGAGCUCCCCUUGUAGAGGGGGAGGAAGAUGAUGCUUGCAGGGGCCAAGUGACUACUCGGGACAUCACUUUAGCACAACCUGAGAGUAUCCGCAGUGACCUGGAAAGUUCUGAUGCUCAAUCUGAUGAUGUGCCUGACCUGGCAUCAGAGGAGUAUGAUUCCCCCCAUGUCCUUCCACCUUCUCCUCCUGAACAGCGGCAUGAGAGCCCUCCACCUCGAAUGUGUGCACAGCAAGAAGGUCUGUGUACACGAGAGGAAGGCCUCUCCAAACUGGAAUUUAUAGAGGUGAGAGUGUGAAGGAAGAUAUUAUACCCACCUCAGAUUUCUCAGUUUUCUAUUUUAAUUUUUCCCCUUAAAAGGCUUAACACCUCCAUAUGAAUGGUCGCUGUGGGAGCUCUGUAUUUCUUGUCAGAUAUGGAAGCAUAGGUAUAUGCCUCCUAUGAUGGAGUCUAAUCCUGUUUCUGUCAAGAAAUAUACUGCUCUCCAAGCAGCUGUUCAUAUGGAUGUGAAUGAAGCCUAAGGGAUGGUUCUUCUGCUGUUGAUGGAGGGCCAACCAGUGCACAGCCCUGCCAAACACCACAAAUGCUUUGUCUUGGACCUUUAUAUUCCACUGUUCUGCCUGUCACUGUGAAAGGCCUGUGUAUCGCUCCUGUAAAUUUCUUUAAUUUAUUGACUGUGAAUGGAUGUAUAGAGAAUUUAUUUGGUUCUAUGGAACGUUAAAAGGGAUUUGGUAAAUCAGUUUUCUUUUUUUCUGUUUUUUUUUUCCUUUGUAAGGAAUUGUUAAGAAUAAAAAUUCAUAAAGAAAAUCUUCUAAAUUCCUGAUUUUAUUUUAAAAGUUAUCUAUGUCAUACUGUCUGGGUAACAAGGAUCUCCUCUGUUUGAUUUAUAACACAAGUUCCUAUGAUAGAUGCCAACCCAUGCAGUUUCAUAAAGAUGACUGUCAAUGUGAAUAACUUUAACAGGAAAUAAUGGUGACAGACAAGCUUGAUAAGUACAUUUUACGUAUUCCACAUAACAUUGCAUCACUUAUAGGGAAAUUGAUCACAUGGUGUUUUUAGUGGUCUUGGUUCUAUAAAGGAAAGGAUCUCUAUACAGCCACUUUAUUUCUGAUUGUUACCUUAGAACUUGCUAUGUAUCAAAGUUCUGAGGUAUGAGAUUUCUUAUCCUGAAACAAAAUAUGUUGAUUUACAACCUAAUCAAAAAUAGUAACAGCUUGAUAAUGUAACAAAUGUUAGAAAUGUUUCUAGGAUCAUUAAUAUGCUUGUACAUUGUUGCCAUCUUAAAUAUUUAUAUUUAGGUGCAAGUAAGAUACAGUUAUUGGAACCUAUUUGAUAUACUUUCUGUAAACUUGAAAUAAUUUUGAAUGUUAAAUAAUAUAAAAAUGAUCAGAACCUUAUCCAUAAAACUCUUUUCAUAUAAGAUUCUUCAUAGAAACAAACUGAAUUAAUUUCACAUGCUGCUAAAGAAACCUGACUUUAUGAAAAAAUCUAAAUAGUUUUUUUCAUGUUGCUUUGUGGCCUAUAGAAACAGGACCUUUUAAGAG